CUGAAAGAUUCCUUGUAAUGACCGUAGGACUACAGAAUUCCUUGUAAGGACUGAAGGAUUCCUUGCAAGGACCGUAGAACUGCAGGGAUUCCUUGUAAAGACUGAGGGAUUCCUUGUAAGGACUGCAGGGAUUUCUUGUAAGGACUGAAGGAUUCCUUGUAAGGAUUGUAGGAUUCCUUGUAAUGACCGUAGUACUGCAGGGUUCCUUGUAAGGACUGAAAGAUUCCUUGUAAGGAGCGUAGAACUGGAGGAUUACAUGUAAGGACUGCAUCCCCACAGGACUAUAAACCAGAACCGAAACACAACCAAAUAAACGAUGGGAAGCGUGGGCCAACAACAGCCAAAGACGGCUGUCCCAGGACCCCUGGACGAAGUCACGGCCUACGUGAAGGCUGGAGUGGAUGGGGAACGCAUGGGAGCAUGCCCCUUCUGCCAGAGGGUCUUCAUGGUCCUCCUUAUCAAGUCACAACUGAAGCUGUUGAAGUUUAAGGUAAUCACCACUAAUCCAGCAAAACCCCCGCCAGAAUUCAAAGCGCUGGGUCUGAAACACGUGCCGGCCCUGAUUCACGGGGACGACGGGUUCGACGCCCUGGACGACAUCAUCCAGUACCUAGACACAAACUACCCAGGUGGAGGUCUGGAGUACAACAACCCUGAUGCUGACUUGGCUACCAAAGAUUUCUUCUCCAAGUUCUGCUUCUACAUCAAGGCCGUCAACGAAGACCCGUCAAAACUGGAUCAGGCCCUGAAGAAGCUAAACAUAUUCUUGGAAAAGAGUCUGAACAUAACAAACGGCAUCACAAACGGCGACUCGCAUCAGGAUGAGGGGGAGGAGGAGAACGCCAACCAAGCACACAUCCAGUAUCUGUGCGGCAAUAACUUAACACAUCUCGACUGUGAGGUACUUCCCAAGCUGCAGCACCUCCGCGUUGCGGCAAAGGCUCUCAAAAACUAUGACAUACCCACGGAUCUGAGGGGAUUCUGGAGAUACCUUCACGCAGCAUACACCCACCCAGUUUUCGUCAGAACAUGCCCGUGCGACCAGGAAAUCAUCCUCCACUGGCACGACAGACCAGAAACGCCAAAGCUGUCGCACAAAAAGCACUCCGUCAUCGCCAAAGAAAAACCAAAGUUCUCCUUUGACGUACCUGUCCACGCCUCCGUGGUGACAAUCAUUGACGAGAGCUAAUUGCACCGUCUCAAGAGUCGUCGAUAUCAAACUUGAGAUCACGUUCUAAUUCUCUGUACUGUAAUAAAGUUGAUCUGCUUAAUCAUAAGUCACUCUCUCAGUCAUGAAUAUUUAUCUAUAGAUAAGGUAUUGUGAUUUUUUUUUAAUAAAAUAUCUGAAAAAUC